GAAGCCAGCACUCCUCCUCAUCAUCGCUUCACAACUUGGAUACAGAGAUCCGAGAGCGGCAUCACAAGGACUCAAGUUCCGGAGCAGGUUUCACAAUUGACUGCACAGAUCCUAACACUCCCACAGGGCUUCGAGGCGUUGAUUUCACCUCCACCCCGGGUGAUCCACAGCAGAUUCGACACUCUCUGCCCAGCUCAAGGAGGGGGAUUUCCACGAACUCCAGUGACGGAGGGGGUGUGAUAGACGGUGGGAGGUCAUGGAUUUGAAAACAGCCCUCACGUUGGUUGCUGUGGUGCUGGCCGCCAUCCCAGUCGUUCCCGUGGACGCCACACGGGCGCACAAGGAAUUCGACGUCCCCGCAAUUUUUGCAUUUGGAGACUCAUUGGGUGAUGCCGGAACCAACAGUUUCAUACCCCAAGCCACAGCCAGGGCCGAUUUCCCACCAUACGGCAAGACGUUCUUCAGGAAGCCCACAGGGCGCUUCACCAACGGUCGCACCAUUGUGGAUUUCAUAGCUCAAAAGUUGGAUCUCCCACUCACGCCACCGUUCUUGGAGCCUCACGCUUCCUUCACUAAAGGCGUCAACUUUGCCUCAGGCGGCAGCGGGUUGCUGGACUCCACCAGCGCCGAUGAUUUCUCGGUUCCGAUGAGUGCCCAAGUUCAACAGUUUGCGAUCGCGAAAGCCACCCUGGAGAAGCAGCUCGACGCCCACCGCGCCGGUAGCUUGAUCUCCAAAUCCAUCUUCCUCUUCAUCAGCGGGUCGAACGAUCUAUCAGCCUUCCUCCGCGACGCGCAGCUCCAGCAGCAGGUGAACGCCACCCAGUUCGUGGCUUCCCUCAUCGACGUGUAUCAGAAGUCCCUCCUGGCGGUCUACCACGCCGGAGCCAGAAAGGCCAUCGUGGUCGGCGUCGGUCCGCUGGGAUGCUCCCCGUUGGCAAGAGCUUCGAACACUGCCAACCCGGGCGAAUGUGUUGAGGUAGCAAACCAGCUGGCUUUGGGAUUCAACGCGGCCUUGAAACAGAUGGUGGACGGCCUUCGGGCCGCGCUUCCGGGCUUCAACCUGGUGCUCGCCAACACCUUCGAUACUGUAUCCGCCAUGAUCACCGAUGGCAAAGCUUUCGGGUUGGACAACGUCACAGCGGCCUGUUGCGGAGCCGGAUUCCUGAACGCGCAGGUGCAAUGUGGGAAGCCCGUGCCGCCCAGCUUGCCCGGCGCUGUGCAGGAUUUCUGCAGGCGGCCCUUCAAGUCGCUAUUCUGGGACGUGCUCCAUCCGACGGAGCACGUGGUUCGGAUCCUCUUCAACAUGUUGUUCACUGGCGACGCUACAGCAGCAUACCCCAUCAACUUAAGAGCUCUGGCGCAACUGUAAAGCUUUGCUUGUCUCUGCCGCAGCGCCGAAUGUUGAGGAACAGGAAACAGAGACCGGCAGCGUAGCAUCGAACAAGCGGCAACCUCAUGCCAUAGAGUUGUCUGUGCGUUCAUUUGGAGAGCCAGGAUAAUGGUUGUCCGGUGAUUCCAGUUUGCCAUUUGAGGUCCAGAACGCGUUCAUUGGGCAUGUCAGGUCCGGCCACCUCUCCCGCGUUGCCCAUUCAAGCACCUCCACAUGUGCCGUUCCUUGCACGUAAACUUGAACAUGAGGAGCAUUGGGAAUUCGAAGCUAGAAGAUUUGUGAUUCGAAGCUAGAAGAUUUGUGCAAAUAGUUGUGCUAGAUUUUUUAUAAAAUUAAGUUCAAUUGAACGGCAAGAUUAAGAGUUAUUGGAAUUCAAGUUGGUUGAAGUAUCUAAAUUAGAGAUUUGAGGUCAAUUAAGAGUUUCUAAGAUUUGAAAGAAUUCUCAAGUUGAAUUAAAGUAAAAAUUAGUACAGUUUUAGCAAACAUAAAUAGCAAUAACUACACACAUUUUCAGAAAAAAUGAUGGUUGAAGAGAGAGAUAUUGGAAUUGGAAGCUCAAUAUUGAGGUUGAGAAAAAGAGGUAACUUAAUUCACAUGCAAAUUUUUUUUUGACUA